UGCAGCAGGACGGAGUCUCCUAGGCAAUGAUGCAGCGUUACAGGGAGGACGCAUCUCACUGACUGAAACACCUCAGCUUAAAAAAAAAAGAACUGAAGAUACACCGAGGGAGGGAUUUUGAACCAACCAAAGAAAGUGCACUGCUUAAUAUAGAACUGAGGACUUCCAACGAAGCUGAGUCCUUACAAGAUUAAAGAACCAAACAAAAGAAAACAGAGACGAACAAACAUCCCAGCAAGUUUUCAUAACACAUGCAAAAUAAUUGCUUUCUGAAAUGAUAGUGUUUUCACAUCGUUAGAACAUAACUACAACAUUGAAAGCAAUGGACGUAACAAUUCACCUGGCAAUAUUUGGGCAUGGCUCAAUGUAAUGAGGAUGGCAAGCGGAGGCAAGUCUGAGGCUGGCCCUGGUGGCUGAUCCAGGCUGACAAGGAAAUGCACCUCUCCCAGGUCGGAAUCAGCAAGCUCUGCUUCCUGCUCUCGCUGGUCUUCUGUGCCUUCCUGCUCCUCCUGAUCCCGGGCCUCCAACCUCUACGGAGGCAGGGCGACCUCCCCCAGCCACGUUCUCAAGGCAAGACGGGGUGGGUGAAAGGAGACAGCGUCGACCAGCAGCCUCUCAAACCCAACGUCCUCCAGCUCAUCAGGGCUGCGACUCCAGGUCCUGAUACUGAGGGGGUUUUGGAUAUGAAAGACUGGCCUGUAGGCCCGCUGCAAACUGUUGACGAGAGAAGCAACAGCGCUGAAGUCCUGGGCAGGAACCUGUCUGCCUACGAUCUGGAUAAAAGAGACUCAUUGGCUUACUCAAGUAGCAGCAGUCGCCAAGGCUUGCCAGUGAAGGAACCCUUGAAGCAGGGAGACAUAUUUAUUGCUGUGAAAACAACAAGGAAAUACCACAAAUCUAGGCUGGAUCUUCUGUUUCAGACCUGGAUAUCCAAAGCAAAAAAAGAAACUUUUAUUUUCACCGAUGGGGAAGAUAAGGAGCUAAGAGAAAAAGCAGGAGAUCACAUGAUUAAUACAAACUGCUCCGCUGCGCACACCCGACAGGCACUGUGCUGUAAAAUGUCUGUGGAAUAUGACAAGUUCAUCGAAUCAGGAAAAAAGUGGUUCUGUCACGUGGAUGACGAUAACUACGUGAACCUGGCCAGCCUGCUGCGCUUGCUGUCCUCCUACUCCCACACUCAGGACGUGUAUCUGGGCCGCCCCAGCCUGGAUCACCCCAUAGAGGCUGCCGAGAGAGUCAAGAGCGAUGGAUCGAUCUCUGUGAAGUUCUGGUUCGCCACUGGAGGGGCUGGUUUCUGUAUCAGCCGAGGGCUGGCACUCAAAAUGAGUCCUUGGGCCAGUCUGGGUAACUUCAUCAGCACUGCAGAGAAGAUCCGUCUCCCAGACGACUGCACUAUCGGCUACAUCAUCGAGGCCCUGCUGGAAGUGAAAAUGAUCCACAGCCGGCUGUUCCACUCCCACCUGGAAAACCUGCAGAGACUGCCCAUCAACACGGUCCUCAGCCAGGUGACAUUGAGCUACGGUGGGUUUGAAAGCCACAGGAAUGUCGUCAGCAUCGGUGGGGCAUUCUCACUGGUGGAGGAUCCCUCACGGUUCAAGACUGUACAUUGCCUUCUCUACUCUGAUACUAAAUGGUGUAGCAGUAAGAGAAGGCCAUGACUUGUCUACCUUCACCUCUGGGCUAUUGCAAUCCCUGUACAGAAGCUGCAAAACUGCACCAUUUAAUUAUUGUUAUUUUUUUUUUUAAAGAAAACCAAAUUAAACUGAGACGAUUUCCUCAAAGUCAAUAGGAGACUAAGCUGACACAAGAGAAAUCUAAUUGAUUAUUAAUAGAGUGUCACGCAGGAUUGAUAAAGGAGACAGAAAUCUAGGGCUGUUUUAAUGAAAAUCUAGUGUUGUUCAUUCAAUUGCAUUGCAUUAUCAAUAUAUUAAGCUCUGUUUAUAAAACUCUAGACGCCUAGCUGUGUCCAGUGGAAGUUAUAUCAAUUUUAUACAUGCUUAGAAAAUGAUGUUUUGUAAUACUACCAGUAAUUCUGUGCUUUACAUGGGAGUCUAAACAGGAUUUUUCAAUUGUGGGAUUCGCUAUUGUUACGACAUUGUCAGUCUGAUCUUCAUCAAAAGAGCCUGAAACUCUGCCCAUAGUCCUGAUGCAGGUCUAAAACCAGCGUGCCUGUUUAGAGGAGGUCCGGUCCAAAACCAGCAUGCCUGUUUAGAGGAGGUCCGGUCCAGUUUACUCCUAUUCCGAAUCCAUUUAAACAGACUGGUACUGGAGCCCUACACUGCUGGCCAGUGUGGGAUAGAUGGUAUUUCUACAACUUUGUAUGAAGUAAUUCCCUUUGUAUUAUGCUUCAGCCUGCAGCAGAAUACAAAUUAACUUGACAAGAGCAGAUUUCACUUUUGUCAACUUUAUAUGUUAUUUGUUUGCCCCGUAAGGGGAUAUCAUUUACCAUGUAAUUGCAUAGCAAUAUAGCAUAAUGUUGUCCUGUCCAUUUAAAUGAAGAAUACAAGUUGAAGGGUUCUGAUUUACACUCCAGUUGCAACACAACACAACCCCACCCCCCCCUCCCCUCCCCCCAGUUGUUUAGAUUGAUUCUGUGCUGUGAUGUCCAGUGUACUAAAAAAAAGUGUUGGAAGCUGCACGUCUACAAAUUAAACUCUGAUUCUCUUACUUUAAAACAUGGUCAAACAACUGGUCAUGUGUGCUUUAAUUAAUUCAAUUACAAAACCAGUUUCUUUAGGAACAACCAGCCUUUUCCUACUAUUGAAUGCAGUUUGCCCUGGAGAUCUUUAGGUUACUUUCUUAUUGAAGCAGCUUGACAAAUGGCUCCAUUGACCGCCUGUAGCUGUCUCUGAUGUUACACCCUUGUUCCUCCCUUUAAAAAAAAACAUUGGAAUAAUGAUGCAUUAUUAAUCAUUAGCUUGGUGCUUUGGUGUGAACACAGGAGGCUUUGAAGGAUGAUGGAGUUUUAUUGCUGUUAAGCAGCUAAGGAAUGAUGAUCAGAAGCUACCUGCCAUGUCUCUUGUGCACUGCUCUCUGUCUUCACCCUUGGUCAAGGCCACCUGUUUGUACUGUGCCAGCCGCUCUCUGUAAUGGCUGUGCCCUUGGCGCUGGAGUGUGUAGAAAGAGAGUUCAGUUCAAUAGCAGUCUUGUUUUCCUUUUCAGUCCCUUCGUUACUCUUAUCCCGUGGUGGUUUUGAUAAGAGGCUGGCUAAUCUCGGUUUUAGAUUUCCAGCUACUCCUUUCAAGCAUACAGAGAGAGUCUUGUGUUUAAAAAAAAAAAAAAAAAACAUCUAACUGCUAUACUGCUAAAUAGCUGUUUUCACAUUCUGGCUUUUUUUAUACUGGUGCAUUAUGUAAUCAUUCAUUUCAUUACAAACAUUUCAACUGCUUACCAAGUACGUUUUAUAAAGAUUUUACAAAUACACCACUCUAUUGAAAAGUUGCGUUUUCAUGUACUUGCUGUAAUGGUCCUUUGCUGUAAACCUUGAACUACAGCACCAUAUAGAUAACCAGACAUAGCACGUUUGUGUCUACAGCAAUGUAUUUGAAAAAUCUGCAGAUCUAAAUCGGAAGUUUAAACAAAAAGAGAAAUUUAGCACAUUUAAGAGCUGUUGUAGACUGAAAGCUUUCAAGGUUAAAUCUGAGUACUGUACUGUAAUGAAGGUUUGAGGAGUGUAAUGGUGUGUUACUGAAUAUGAGGUCGAUUUUAAGCACUAUAAUCCUCUCCAGCAUUUCUGGCGUCCCUCUUUAGCCACAGCACAGAAACGGUGAAGUCAGGAAAAUACAUGUUUGAUUUUUCACUAUAUAAUUAAAGUGCUUUGCCUUGACUGAAAUAUAAUUACAAAUGGUACUGGAAAAUAUAUUUUCAGCUCAAAUAUUUGUAUUCCCUUUUCCCCUCCAAGUAAGAUUGCAGGACUAAAUUGAGCAUGUUUGCAUUUGCUGUAGUGCACUCUAGUGGCAAUACUGUAUACAGCAGUUUUUAUUAUUUGCUGCCGUUGGUAUUAUUACCUACAAAUCAGUUGGCCUUUUAGCUACCUUUACUACACAUACACCAUGGAUCCGACAAAUAUGAAUUAAGGUGGUAAUGCUAGAUUAUUUUUUGUGUGUGUUUAAGAAUAUGGGAACCAGUAUCCAGAUGAACAUCGUUAAAGGUCCAAUCUGCAGUACUUCCUUAAAUCCUCUUAGUGUAAUUUAAAAUUAGUAAAUAGAGGCUGUCAAUUUAUAAUCUAUGUGCUCAGCACAUUGGUAGCUUGUUGUCAUGUGGUCCAGUUCAUGCUCGGUUUUGAACGGUAUAUUUAAAAAAAAAAAAAAUUAUACUAUUUGAGAGAAUUUGGUUUGAUCUGAAGUCUCCUGAAUUUAACGCAAGUAAUUCUUCUACCGUUUCCAAGCUUGGACAGGACAUGCAGAGACAAAGAUUACAACCAGUGGGUUCUGCUUUCUAAUCUGGUUUUAUAAAUACAUGUCUCUUACUUAUACCCUGAAAUGUAUAUAUUGUAUUUUUUUCUGUGAAGCUCUUAAACUUUUAACUGUCAAUAAUGAAAAAAAAAAAAAAUACAAUACAAUACAAUACAAAUAUUUUGUUCUUUUUUUUUCCCCUCAUGUGUUG